GUCACUCUUCACCCGAUAGCCAUGCAGUGCAUUUGCUGCUACCGCUAGACACAAGAUCACCUUUAAUAACACUUUGCUGUCAGAGCAUUGUUCUGCAUGUCUCUGUAUUUUCAUGUAGCGCGAUAUUGUAAUUCGCGUUUUUUUCCCCUCCACGUCAUAGGCGACCGUGUUCUGCCACACCCUCUUUCUAUCGCAGCAAAUGAAUGGAAAGACGACAUGAAACUCUGGCCCUCCCUGCAGGAAAACCACAUUACGUAUUACCUCCUCAAAACAAAAGCCUGUGACCUGGAGGAUGUCCAAGCCAUCAAGAGCUUAGACUCGUAUAACUACGUCGUAAGCGGGAAAGUGGGUCAGCUCCUCAUAUUCCAGGCUGACAAAGAUACAUGUUUCAUAAAAGGGAAAGUCUCCCCGUCACAAGCAGACUCUGACCGGCCAUACGAUACAUGGGUUUGCGUAGGAAAUGACUGCCGCAUCUUAAGCGGGUCAUGCUCCUGCAAGGUUGGAUUGACGACCGUGUGCAGCCACGUUGGUGCAGUCCUGUGGAAGAUAGAAUUCGCCAGCCGAGAGGGCCUGACUGGAGAAAGCUGCACUGACAGAAGUGCCAAGUGGAACCAGGGCACAAAAAGAAAUGUUACGCCAGCACAAAUAGGUGUUAUGGAUUUUACACUGCGAAAGGAAUUCAGAGACCUGCAACAUGAAGGGCAGAAGGUUAAUGCAAAACGCUAUGAGACUCAUGAGCAGUAUGUGAGGGAGAUGCAGCAGUCCGUUAUAGCACCCCUUCUCGACAUAAAGGGAAGUCUACUGCACCAGACUGUAACUGCAAAAAUGUCACCUAGUGUGCAUGCUAAAACUAAGCUUAGAGGAAAUGUAGCCGAGCUCACUCACGGUCCACAUGACGACGACGACGACCUGUUGGCAUGUGAUGUGUGCGCAGAAUUUUACGGCAAAUGGGUAAGAAUUAAAGAACCUGUGAGGUUAAAUCUUAUGCAGCUUACAUGCCAACAGACCGGAAGGCUUUGGAAAGCGAGCCGUAAGCUGCGCCUCACAGCUUCAAAUGUGUCAAAAGUGCCACGAAAAAAAGAAACUCCGCCAGAAAAUUUCGUGAAAUCGUGCCUCUUCAGUGAGUUUAGGGGAAACAAUGCAACGAGUCAUGGCCAAAGGUUCGAGCCUGUUGCCAGGCAGAUGUUUGAGCGUCAUACUGGUAUUCAUGUUGAACGUUGUGGCACAGUAGUUAGCGCCACCCACCCGUUUCUGUCAGCGAGCCCAGAUGGCUUAAUUGGUACAGAUGGCAUCUUAGAAAUCAAGUGCCCACUAGUAGAUGACUGCCUGCAGCUUCUUGAAUCCAACAAGUAUGAUGUCAAAAAAGAUUCAAACGGAGCAUACUACCUUGAUAAAAAAGGAAAAAAUGGCUACUAUUACCAAGUCCAGUUCAUAAUGUUCUGCACAGAGCGCACGCACUGUUAUUUCUUUGUCUGGUCAGCUAUGAACUUUAUUACAGUUGAAGUGCCUUUUGACGCAGAUUUUGUAUGCUUUCACAUUUCAAGGCUGUCAGAAUUUUACUUCAGGCACUACUUGCCAAGGCUUGUUGAUGCUGUUCACAGCAACACCUUAGACAUAUCUGAAUAUAAGGAUUUUGUACUAGCAAAAGACGCUGCAGUGUGCACUGUGUAAAAAUGAAUUUUUAUUUUUGCAAUGAUUUUUCAAUAAAGCAUACAAUCAAA